UUGUGUGCUAUUGUUAUUGGAAUAAUUUUCUGUCCGUAUAAAUAAAGUUUAAUAAAAAUAAUUUUAUAAAAUGUCAUCACGAACAGACUGGUGGUUAACAGCAGUGCGUAAGCUUUGAAUGUUGUCAAUUGUGCAAUACAAACAAUGGUGCCGGAAAAGAGGAUUUUACUUUAAUUGUACCAAUUUAGUCUACUGGCGGUGUUAAAUGAGCUAAAGAAGUGUAAGAAAAUGUUUUACUAAUACAAUACAAAACAUAAACAUUCAGUUACAAUAAAUAUCAUUACAUCCCUAAUGGCCAUGGGGUUAUAUAAAAUGCUCCCAUUGCUUGGGAAGUCGCUACGGAAUGGUGGGUCAGUUUUCUUGCACCGGCAAUACUGCACACCGGUUGUAAAUAUAUUCGACCGUAAUGUAAAACGAUUGCAGCGAGAACGUGCAGCCAAAAGGGACGACGUUGAGCUGUAUGACUACAUCAAAGAAGAAGUUGGCUACCGGUUAUCUGAUCGUAUUUUCGACAUCAAACGCCAGUUUACGAAUGCGGUCGAUCUCGGAGCCGGUAGAGGAUACGUCACGAAUCACGUGCUGGGUGAAACGGUUCAAAAACUCACCGCCGUCGAUCUCAGUCCCGCCAUGUUGUCACAGAUUAAAGGUUCCCCAGGAUUAGAUUUCAGCAUCCAAGAGAUGGACGAGGAACGGUUUCAGUUUGAGCCCGAUUCGUUAGAUUUAGUUGUGUCCAGCUUGAGUAUGCACUGGAUCAACGAUCUUCCGGCGUGCUUUCGUGCGGUUAAUCGUGCCCUUAAACCGGACGGAGUGUUUAUCGGUGCGAUGUUCGGUGGGGAUACAUUGUACGAGCUACGAUCGGCACUACAGUUGGCCGAACAGGAACGAAAAGGUGGACUGGCCCCACACGUAUCUCCCUUUGCCCAGAUCCGAGAUGUGGGAAUGUUGCUGAAUCGAGGCGGCUUCACGAUGCUUACAAUAGACACGGAUGAGCUUGUAAUCGGUUAUCCGUCGAUGUACGAGCUUAUGUUCGAUCUGCAAGGUAUGGCCGAGAAUAAUGCGGCCUUCAAUCGACCACUGCACGCCGGCCGUGAUACACUGAUGGCGGCGGCCGCUAUUUACAAGGACAUGUACGCCCGGAAAGACGAAGGCGUAUCGGCAACGUUUCAGAUCAUCUUCUUCGUCGGAUGGAAACCUUGCGCCAGCCAACCGCAGCCAGCCGAACGAGGUUCCGCUACGGUUUCGUUGAAGGAUAUCGGAAAAGUUAUGACACCAAAGAGUUCGGGAUGUAAAAGUUGAGAAAACGAAAAUAGGAAACAAAACUCUGCACCUAAACGGUCCUUUAAUGGUGACCACGUUUAUUAAAGUUACAUCUUGAAAAGAUUUUGGUUGAAUUAUUUAAAAAAAAACACCCCUUCCUACAAGCACUUCGUAAACACGCAACAUAACGACGAACUAAACGUGUAACGAACUAAUACAAAAAAGGUGAAUAAAAUAAAACGCGAAAUAUAACAA